UCCCAAACGCCUUUUUUUUUUCUUUUCUUUUUUUUUUCGCGUCGCCUUUCCUUCUCCCAUUCCUCCUCUCUCCAGAGACUCGCCGUCGCCGCAGCCAUUCCCAUUUUUGCCCACUCCUCCUCCUCCUCUCCAGUAAACCCUAGCCCACCCAACCUCCAAUCCCCCCCCAACCAGCGCCCGAAUCGCAGCCCCGCGAGGCCCCAAUCGAGCUAGGGUUCACCGAUUUCGGGGGCCGAGCCAGCGAAGGCUCUCAGUUUUCGCUGCGAUUUGUGGGGUGAAAUUUUCGGGGGGAUUUUGAUUUCUUUCUCUCACGGUGGGGGAUGGGGAGCCGGAGGGAGGAGGAGAGGAACGAGAAGAUCAUCCGUGGGCUCAUGAAGCUGCCGCCCAAUCGCAAGUGCAUCAAUUGCAACAGUGUGGGGCCACAAUAUGUAUGUACCAAUUUCUGGACCUUCAUAUGCUUGUCAUGCAGUGGAAUACACCGGGAGUUUACCCACCGUGUCAAGUCAGUGUCAAUGGCUAAAUUCACUACUCAAGAAGUGCGGUCUCUUGAACAGGGAGGGAACCAGCGAGCACGUGAUAUCUACCUAAAAGAUUGGGAUUGGCAACGAAUGAGGUUGCCUGACAAUAGCAAUCCAGACAGGAUAAGGGAAUUCAUCAGAGCUGUUUAUGUAGACAAGAAGUAUGCUGGUGGGAAGUCCACGGACAAACCAGUCAAUGAUAGUGAGAGUGUAAAGAGCAGCGAAAAUCUUACUAGAAGACCUAGCUCCUACCAUUCGUAUUCCCAAAGCCCACCUUACGAUUUUCAAUAUGAAGAUAGACGAUAUGGUAAACAAGUGGACACACUUGCACGAAGGCCUUCAGAUAGGGCAUUCUUUGAUGGGAAGCUUGGCAGUUUUUUAUACAGUCCAGGUCGUUUGAGAGAUCAGAUGCAUGAAGAUCGAUUUGCUAAUGAGAGUACUGGGUCAAGGUUUUCUGAUUUUUCGGCCUCAAGCACUGGUGACAUUAGAAAUGAUGUGCUUUCUCCUAGCUCUCAGGAUACAGGGUACAGCAGUCCUUCUAUCCACCAUUCAAGGAAUGUGUCUUCUGAAAAUCCUCCAUCCCAUCGGCAUCCGAAUGCAACUUCUCAAAUUGAUUUUAAUGGAGUCCGACGAUCACAGAGAACAGGUUCUUCAGGAAGUUUUGGAUCAUUUGAUGGUAGCUCAGCAUCUAAUAAGUCAGUUGAUUCAGGUGCCUUACCUGAUGCACCUACAGAAAAGCCAGUGAAUUCUGCUGUAAAUCGUCAGUCUGUUGCGCCCCCCAUGGCUCAUUCAGCACAAUUGUAUGCCUCACAGAGCAAUAUAAACUCUUCAGUCAGCCAAACUGCUCCCACCAGGGAAUCUGUGCAACAUGGAAGGGUUCACAUGGUCUCUGUAGCAAAGCCGCCGGUUUCAACACAGCCAACGACUUCCACAAAUCAGGACUUCUUUGAUCAGUCAAUGCAACAUCCGGUCAAUUCUGCAGCACCAAUAGAUCUUUUUGCUGGCUUUAACCAACAGGCUCCAUCAGUUCCCCAUAGAGCAGUUGAUGUAGGCAGCCAUUCUGUUCCUAAAGAAACUCUGCAUGACGUUGUGGUUCAGAAAGCCGUGGCAUCUUCACCACCUGUUCAAGCCGAAGCACCCUCUACAUCUCAUCCUGUCCAUCAUGAUCUCUUGAGUCUGUCGCCUUUGCAGGAACCUUCAAUUUCCUCUACCCCUCCGUCAAUAGAUUUAUUUGCUGGCUUUGACCAACAACUGCCACCUACAACUAGUGUUCAGCAAAGUCAACCAGCCGAACCAUCAAUUUCCUCUACCCCUCAGUCAAUAGAUUUAUUUGCUGGCUUUGACCAACAACUGCCACCUACGACUAGUGUUCAGCAAAGUCAACAGGCAGCCCCAUUGGUUGCUGACGAAGGAUGGGCUUUCUUCCUCGAUACACCUCAACACGUAUCUCCGACUUCCAUUUCAAACGUGCAAGCUCAGGUAGCCACCGCAAUAGCUGCAUUCCCUCCAAGUGAGAGUCUUGCUAAAGGAACUAAUCAGUCAAUGUUGCCAACUUCGCCACCAAAUGCUUUGAUUCCACAAAGUUACCCGCUUAUGAUGGAUCAGUGGAGUUUAAAUGCUGAAGAGGUGAAGACCCCUGUCUCCAAAGAAACCUCACAGCCUUGGAAUGCCUUUGGUGCAUCUACUGGGAACACACCCAACGACUCAUUCACAUUUAACACUAUCUCUCAAGUAGCACCUAAUCACUUCAAUGUGCCUAGUGUUCCACAUGCUGAAGCCAGAGGUCCACAGGAUUUGCCUAGCAGUGAACCUGAAAGACUAACCCCUGGGGAUAUAACCCCUGGUUUCAAUGUCUCUCCUGGUGACAUGGCUGGGCCAUCAUUUCGUGGACCACUUCAACAGCAACUGGACAUCGUGCCAUCUCAGCCUGCAAAAUCAACAAAUCCAUUUGACAUGGCAUUUGAGUCUGAUGUUGAAGCCAGUAACAUGUUCAUGGAUCUGACCUCGCUGCAAGAAACGUUGCCAAAUCCCCAUGUCAAUACAGAUUAUUCCAACUUGACUGAGUCAUGGAUACCUCAUAAUUCUAACAUGCCUUAUAUUUCCUCUGGGCCACAGGGAGGGUUAUCAUACAUGGCAACACAAGUACAAGACUCCCUCAUGCUGAACUCCGCACAAGGGUCAUUUCCCCACCCCGCUUCCUCCUCCCAACCCCUCCCCGACGCCACCAUGCGCCCCUUCCACCCUCCCCGCCCCAACGCCGGCCAACCCCACCGCCCGCGCCCCGGCGACCCCGCCCCGCCUCCCCUCCCCAUGCACCCGGGCUUCAACCCUCCGCCCGUCCCCAACCUCGCCGCCGCCAACCCCAUGGCCGCCGCGGCGGCGGCCAACCCUUUCCUCGCGAUGCAGCUCUUCGGCCAGGCGCAGCAGCUCCAGAGCCUCGGCUUCCUCGCCGCCGCCGCGCUCCAGCAGCACCAUCACCAGCCGCAGCCGCAGGCCCCCUUCUUCCCCGGGGGAGGUUUCCCGCCGAACCCCAACCAGUUCGGGGCCUUCCCUGUCCAGCACGCCGGGUUCAACGGCGGCGGGGCGUUUCGACCUGGUGGCGUGGGCGUGGGCGUGGCCGGCCCCCGUACUCCCCGCCCGAUGAUGGGCGCCCCUGGUAAUGGUUACAACAGCGGUGGCGGCAGCGGCCAUGGUACCGGAGCUGGUGCGCCGAGACCCAUGCUGAAUGGUGGGGGGAACGAUCGGAAUAGCAGUGCUGGGAAGGGCGGUGAGGUAAACCACACUAAGAUCAAGCCAGAUGGCAUCCCUCGUUUUACCUCUGAAAAUGGUGAGAGGAAAAAUACAACAGAUCAGAAAGCCCGAUUCAACUCUGGAAGAGAUUGUAGGGAUAGCAGGCAAUUUGGCCCAUCUGGUGGAAGGGGAAGGGGAAGGGGAAGGUCUUUCAAUCAAGGUCGUGGAGGAGGAAACAACAACUGGAGAGAUGCAAAAUCCAACUUCAGAAGCAGUGACAGUCCAAGUCCAGCAUCAGGACAACGCCGCAAUGACAGUCCAGCAUCUGGAGGACACCGGAAGCGGCCUCGUAUAAUUUAUGAUGCAAACGAAGUUAAACAGUGGCUUGAAGCACGCAAGAAGAACUAUCCUACAAGUGUCAACAUAAAUAAGAAGUUGUCUGAGAGUCGACCAGAUGGUGAGAAGAAGGAUGAAGAGGCCCAAAUGCGCCGUCAGGAACUCAAGGAAGUAUUAGAAAAACAGAAAGAAUUGGGUUUUGAACUCCCUGAACUACCACCUGGCUAUCUAUCUGAACAUGAGGAUCAAGGCAAUGGUAGGAGAAGUAACUGGAAAACACAACGCAGGGAUUGUCGUUUUGGAAACCGUGCUGAUAACAAAAGAUCAAGGUAUGACCGCAAUGAUUUUCAGUCUAAGAGACCCAAGGUACGGAACCAAACUCAUUGUGAUGAUGGGGCAGUGCUCAAGAGCAGGGAGCCAACCCUCUUGCAGAAACUUCUUAGUUCGGAUGUCAAGAGGGACAGGCAUAGGCUUCUCCACACGUUCAAAUUCAUGGUCCUUAACAAUUUCUUCAGUGAUUAUCCUGAUAAGCCCUUGGAGUUUCCUAGUGUUAAAGUAAACCAGAUCGAACUUGAAAGCAACAUUGCUGAAGAGGACCUAGAUGACUUGAUGAACAGCGAGACGGCAAAGGACAGCAUCCUUGAUUUGAAGGAAAAUGGUGAUCAGAAAGACUCGAGCUCAAUUGAUGGAGAAUCAGACCUCGAUGACGACAAUGAUGAUGAAGAUGAAGAAGAUGAUGAUGAUGGCAAUGGCCAGUGCUGAGAGCAGCGACAAGGAUGAGAACGAGGACGUCGAUGCAGGGCAGAUGUAAUACGCCGUUUUUUUAAAACAUGAUGGAAGUAAACGACUCCAGACGUCUACACCCAAAGGUAUACUCAACCAAAAUGUAAUGCACCUGAAGUCAGAGGUGCAAGUAUCCAGCAGGGCACAGGCCAACUGUGUUUUUGGUGUAUAGUUGGCGUUCACAAAUGAUAUUUAUGUAGCUGCCUUUGAAAUUUUGUUAUCAGUUGCAUUUGCUAUUA